AUGGACUGCGUGAUGAAGCUGGCGUCCGAGCGAGCGGUGGUGAUCUUCACUUUGAGCUCCUGCUGCAUGUGCCAUACCAUGGCGUGGCUCUUUUGCGACCUGGGUGUCAAUGCACUGGUGCAUGAACUCGACCAAGACCCCAGGGGAAAGGAGAUGGAGAGAGCUCUCCUCAAGAUGCUCGGGAAAGGCCCAUCUGUUCCAGUGGUGUUCAUCGGCGGGAAGCUUGUCGGCGGGACAAACAGGGUCAUGUCCAUGCAUCUUAGCGGCGAGCUCGUCCCAAUGCUGAGGAAUGCAGGUGCCCUCUGGCUAUAG